AUGAAGAGACCGCUUGAACUUGCGAGCGUUGACGAUGAGAACGAAAACGAGAACGAUAUUAAUAAUGAUGACGAUAACGACGACGGCAACAACAACGCAGGCGUUGUUGUCGCCCCUUCUGAGCCACGGAAAAGACAACAUGUCUAUGAUUCUAGUGAAUUCAUUGACCUACCGGAAGACAUCAUCAACCAAGUGCUCCUGAAGUUAACCAAAACUGACAUUUUGCACUUAUCCAUGACCGAUUCCCGACAUCGGCAACAGUUUAAGCCGCGCAUUUUUAACAAGAUCCGGGCAUCUUGGUGGAAACUCAUUGAAGAUAUCGAGCUAGACGAUUCAUUCCUACAUCACAACAGGCGCUAUAUCUAUGAAUUACACGUCGUGGAUGCUUAUCCCAACGGCGAGUGGAACAUUGAUUUGUUUGAAGAUGUGUUGCUGUACUUGCCCCAUCUUUGCUGUCUCAAGAUCAACUCGGUCAACUCGUCGCUGUGGUUGAAAUAUAGAUCGAAUGAUUGCAUUCAAAAACUAACGCUAUACGGCGACUCCACCAACAGAGAAUCGGAAUUGAAACUUCACCCGCAAACUAAUCGGCGCCACUCGCAUCCUCCACUGAAAAAUAUCAAGAAGCUUUUUAGCAUGGAGGAUAUUUCCAAUUUCAAAAUGUUGAAAAUUUUGAAAUUGAGUGAUUACGAAUUCAAUUGUCGUUUCGACAAUGCCACUUUCCCCGUCAUCAUGCUUGAAACACUCGAUCUCACCGAUUGCACUUGGAAUUACCCGUUUUCGUUAUCGCAUUUUAAUUACAACCAAUCGGUCAAGCACUUGAGAUUGAGAUUUUCACCUAGCAAUUCCUUUCUUUUGUCGGAGAGGUAUCACCAGUUCUUAGCGUUCCGUGACAAAGGUCUCGCAAGCUUAACCUCGUUGACGAUUCAGUUCUUGACCAGCGUUGAGCCGCGCGAGAUUACACGAGAGCUGUUUGAUGACAUCUUUCGCAUCUCCGAGCUCCAAGAGCCGAUAAUGAUGCUGCUUUUGCACUCGGACAAUUUCCCCAAUUUGCACUCGAUAAAAUUCAGCAAUUGGAGGCUCGCGAUGGGAGGCAAUAGCAGGGACCUAUCGUGGCUUGAAAAUUGUCUCAAGGAUAGCCGGCAUUUAAAAGUGUUUGAGUUUAAAGUUUACGGAAGCAUGCGUUUCUUUUACACCAUUGUUGAUCCGCAAUAUUUCCAAAACAGAUGCCGGCUUUCCAACCCUGAUAAGAAGAUUGUCAUCAAAUUUGUUGCUCCAUGA